UAACUUGGAAGAAGCUGACACAAACGAGAUUGAGGAAAACAAGAGAAUCACCCCAUCAAUUCCAAUUAUCGUGAUAUUAUUGUAAUUGCUUUCCUCUGCCCCUUCCUCACCCCUUCUUAGAAAUUAACUUGCAAGAACCGCCAAGGUCAAGUCUAUACUUUCAUCUAAAUAGUGAUCUCUUCAUUCAGAAGAAACUGAGAUCGGAGUCGGGGUCGGAGUCCGAGUCAAAUUUGAAAUCGGAGUCGGCGGAGAGGAUAUCUCAUUUAUCAGUAUGGGUAACUGCUAUGGAACUCCCGUUGUUAAUCAUCAGACCCCAUGCUCGACGAAACCUCUGGAUAAAGAAUUGUUGAAGGAAGACGACAAGCAAAAUGGAGUGCCGGCAGUGAAGAACGGAGACAUGCCUGUAACGGAAAAUGGAAAGCCUCCGGUGGAAACAUGGAGGAGCAAGGGGCAUGAGCUACCUCUGCCUCCGAGCGGAAAGAUUGUUACCCCACACUUGAAGUUGUUCACACUCUCGGAACUCAAGGCGGCCACGGGGAACUUUAAACCGGCUACAGUGCUAGGGGAGGGUGGAUUUGGGAGGGUAUUCAAGGGAUGGGUGGACGAGAAGACCUAUGCACCGUCCAAGGUCGGCGUUGGCAUGGCCGUCGCCGUCAAGAAAUCGAACCCAGAUAGUCUUCAAGGGCUAAAAGAAUGGCAGGUAUGGAAAUUUUCUUUUGUUUGGAAUUUUCAUCGAUUCGUACAAGCCGCAUUUUGGGGAACUUUCUAUCCAUUAGUAUACCACUUUUCUUAGUUUUCCUCGUAGAAAUCAUUAGUUCCCUUUUUUUGUCUUCUAAUGGACAGAUGUUUCCAAUUAAACCACUACAUUCAUU